AUGGUCUGGAAUCCCAUUUGCCCACAUGCAACCAGCAAUCAACCCGGAGUUUGGGCGCCCGUUUGGCCGACGCUAGCAUUUGCAGCUUGCUCAGGUUGCAUGGGCCCCAAGUACUCCUACCCUUACCUCAACUUUGGCAGCUGUAACUCACACGCCGAAGCCAAGCCAAGCUCCGAGCAAUUCGCCUUGCGUGCCUGUGGUGUUGCGACGCCCUAUCCAGCAUUCAUUGCGCGUCCUGAGACAGAACGUGGACCUGCCACGCCAAUUCACCUCUUCGAGACCGUAAACAAUACCACCGCCAUCAUGAACUUCAGUUUCGGCGCCAACAGCAAUAGCAACAACAACAACAACAACAACAACAGUAGCAGUACCCCAAACAAGCCGUUGUUUGGCGCUGCGACCGGCUCAUCAGGCUCAGCAACCCCAAGCCUGUUUGGUACUGCAAAUACAGCCGCCAGCUCUUCGAGUGUCUUUGGAGGAGGCGCAUCAAGCACCCCCGCAAGCAAGCCAGCCGGUGGUCUCUUCGGUGGUGGGGCUAUAUCGGGCGCGUCUACGACUCCCAGCUUUGCUGGAUUUGGGAGCCUGGGAAAGCCCAGCGAGGACGCGUCAAAGCCUGCUGGAGGUCUGUUUGGAGGCACAUCAUCCGCUACGAGCGGUGCAGCCACCUCCUCGGCGCCCUCUUUCAGCUUUGGAGCAACUUCUGCAACACCUGCGCCAAACAAGACUUCGUUCCUUCCCUCAACCACUCCAGCUGGACCCCCUCCUGGCCCAAGUCUUUUCGGGGGUAACAACAAUCAGGCGGGCGGAGCUGCUCAAUCUGGUUCGUCUUUGUUUGGUCAACAGAACAACCAAUCGGGAAGCACACAAUCAGGUGCAUUAUUCGGACAGGCUCAGAAACCAGCGACCACAUCCUCAUCAGCUGCACCUAGCUUGUUCGGUAGCUCGGCCGCGAAACCUGCAGGAGCCUCUACUCCCGGAUCUGGACUCUUCGGCAACACAGGCGCCUCCUCCGAUGCGAAUAAGCCUGCGACACCCACGUCUUCGGCGCCAUCAAGUGGUCUCUUCGGCGGAGGUGCUCAGAAUGCGACUGCGGGUACACAGGAAGGGCAAGCCGCUCCCAAGUCUGGUCUCUUUGGUAAUCUGGGAAGCACAACGCCCUCGGCGACACCAGCCAAGCCCCUUGGGUUCAAUCUUGGCUCGACACCUGCCUCGACAGGCUCUACGCCAUCAUUAGGUGGAAACACGACAGCUCCAGCAUCAUCCGCGCCCGCUAGCGGUGGUCUUUUCGCGGGUGCUGGCUCCAACACGCCGGCGUCAGCGGGAGGAAGCAGCAACUUCAAUUGGGGUAAGCCCCCUGCGUCUACGGCUGCCGAUACAACGGCGACCAGCAGCGCGACUACUACUGCUACCAGCGGGCCUACGACCACAACAGCUGGCUCUACAGCUUUUCCGGGUCUGGGCGGCGGAAGCUCUGCACCCCCAGCGUCUAGCUCAGGCGCAACCUCAGGCGCAACCCCAAGUCUUUUCGGCGCCAAACCAGCAACAACCGGAACGCAGCCUGCAAAUUCCACAUCAACCUCUCAACCUGCAUCUGGCCUUGGAGCCACCACAGCAACAUCAGGGGCGAAUGCGGCCAACAUGGCUAGCUCGACCGCCGGUCCAGCACCAUCUGCUCAGUCACGGCUGAAGAACAAGUCCAUGGACGAGAUCAUUACACGAUGGGCAGCUGAUCUUUCCAAGUACCAAAAGGAGUUUCAGCAACAGGCCGAGACAGUCGCAUCUUGGGAUCGCGCUCUGGUCGAGAACUCCGACAAAGUUCGCCAGCUGUAUUCCAAGACUUUCCAGGCUGAACGCGACGCUGCAGAAGUGGAAAGGCAACUGACGAUGAUGGAGGAAAACCAGCAAGAAUUGGACUCUUAUCUUGACCGAUAUGAGAAGGAGAUUGACAAUCUGAUGAAGAUGCACGGAGUCAGCGGGAAGAACGAGGGUCUACGUGGUCCUGAUCAAGAGCGUGAACGAACCUACAAACUCGCCGAGAAACUCCAAGACAGGCUCAACGAGCUGAACAAGGAUCUCACCGAGAUGAUUGAGGAAAUCAACACUACAUCCCAGACACUAAGCAAGACUGGCAAGCCCGAUGAUCCGUUGACAAAAGUCGUCCGCGUCCUCAACACCCAGCUCGCACAGCUCCAACUCAUCGACUCGGGCGCCUCGCAGCUCCAAGAUAAGAUCAACAAGGCGCAAAAGGAGUCGCAGCGUGUGGGCGCAAACGGCUGGAAUGGACUGGGCUCGGAUCCUACAGAAGACUUUUAUAGGAGCUUCAGGGGUGGUAGGACGGAGAGGUUUGGUGGCGUUUCGUAG